AUGGUUCACACUACGGAAGUUACCACUAUGAAGGCCAAAAAACAAACUGGUAAAAAAGUAACAAAAAUCGUUAGUACAUCCCAUUGGAAAUAUAUCUCGUCUUAUCAUGGACCGUGGCUUCAGCUUCCUUUGGAACUGCUUGAGUCGCUUUACAUGAUCAAUAAUGAUAAUGUUGCCACUCCGCCGCCACCAAUUGAUCCUAUUAUUUUUGGUAAUUUGAUAUCAAUUCGUCGAUUAGUUGAUGAGGCAGCCGAUUUAUCUGUUCGGGCCGCUUCAGGUGUAUCAACCACCGGUGGAGGACCGACAAGAAGCUCAAUGUCUCAUACACGACAGCAUAGGAUGCGCGAGCUUGCAGUUAACAAAUUAGCACUUGCAUACCGGAUUGAUGAAAUUGCUACUGCGGUAGUAACAAUGCAGUCAGCCAGUGCAAUCGACGAAGUGGCUAGUCGAGUUUUGAAGAAAAAUUCGACGAAUCUAGAGGCGUUAUAUGUGAAUUUUUUUCAUGAAAAAAUUCCUUCGAGUAAUAUAGAUAAAAAAAAUGGCUUGGUACGGAGGAUUUCCCAAAAAUUUGGCACCAACCUAAUACUUUGCACCACUUUUUAUCCACCAUAUACAAGUAGAAUGCUAUCGCAAUCUACAUCCACCGAUAUACUCGAUAAGAUCAUAGCCACUUCUCCAACGACUCCCGAAUUUUAUCGUACGCGUGGUGUUGUAAAAUGUUUUAAAGAAGAAUUUGCGGGUGCUCUCCGAGAUUUCAAAACGGCUUUAGCACAUACAAAACACAGAAAACGAGUAAAUAACGUUUUGUUAGGAAAAAAACCAACACUUCCUCUUCAUAACCACCAUGGCAAUGAGGAUGACGAAUGCACAGGGACUGAGAGCCAAUUAUACUUUUUACGUGCUGCAUGUUAUUUACAAUAUGCUAUUAGUUUAGUAGAUAAAGCAAUUCAAAAAGUUGAUGGAGUAGAACGUAAAGACGGGGAAGGAAGUGAAUUAAGAUUAGUAGCAGUUAAAAAAGGUAAUAACAACGGAACCAAUAAUCAAGGCACUACUCCAAAACUUGAAGAAUAUAGAAAAGAACUCUUGCCAAUAAUGCACCAAGUACAAAGUUUGACAAGACGUUCAGUGAGAGAUUACACCCAUUUUUUGGGAUUUUAUCCUAGUUCUUUACCACCAUUUUCAACUAGUGUUGAAGGUACAUCCAAGGCCAGCACUCCCAUUGCAUCAAGAGAUUCGUCUCCCGUAAGAUCAUUUAAAGAUAAAGAUGAUAAUUUAAGCCCACCUAUUAAUCCCACGGAUCAACAAUCUGAUCCAAAAACUACAGAUAAGAACCGUAAACUUGCAGAAAAGGCAGUCGGCUUAUCUUCUGAUGUUGAAAAUUCUAUUUCAAAUACACCUGCUUCCGUGUCUAAAGACCAUAAUCAUAGUCACCACCAUUCUCAUCAUUUUCAUGGUUAUCAACCUCCUCAUACUUUUGCCACAUAUCAUCCACUCUUAAUCGAAGCGUGGUAUGCUAUAGCUCUUAAUUAUGUACUUAUCGGUGACCUUCACACUGGCGCUUUGUGGCAUGCUCGAAUCGCUGAAAUGCACGAGUGUAUUGAAGGUUAUCCAGUCUUUCUUCCAGCGCGAUCAAUGGCGCAAGCGGAUUAUAUGGAGGUCUUAGAACGUGUUAAGAAAGCUAAUAGUCUGGCCCAGCAUGAAAAGUUAAGAGAAUUGAUGCUUUUAGCCUCUGCAGAAGAUGACAAAGAUAUGAUAGAAGGAAAGAAAGUUGCAGUAAAAAUCGGAAAAAAGUCCAAAAACGCUACGCAUAAUAAAAAUGGAAACUCAGUUACACCAGUUAUUGGUAUUGAUGGUCAAAGACAUCAUCCGUGUUGCCCUCUUGCACCUGGAAAUCAUCCAUCUUCUCCUAAAGAAAAUAACUACAAUCAAAAUCAUGCCUCCUCAGUUUCUUCUGCCGCUACUUCUAAUAGCAAUAGUUCCGUCGGUAAUUCUAAUGGUAAUUCCAAUGGUACUACAAGCAACAACAACGCCGGUGGUAGUGUGGGAGGACCGAGACAGUAUCCAUUGCAUACGCAAAGGGCUGAUUCG